AUGGUCUCAGCCGUCAAUCUAUCAAACUGUCCUUCUAUCGUCCAGGUAUUGAUAGUUAUAUGCGUCGCAUUUCUUCUCUUUCUUUUGCUCCUUUUUUGUCUGUUGUCAAUGAUUUCCCUUUUCAGCGUUCGAGAUUCGGAUUAUGUAAGCUCAUCGCGUCUUCACGUGAUCAAUGGAAAUAACGCUAGUCCAUAUAAAGCAGGGAUCGGCAUGACUUCCAAAGGUUCCCCAAAGAAGCAAAGCAAGAGCUGCAACAAAGACGACCAGGAACAGCUUCACCAAGCAGAACAAGAGAGGCAUACGGGGAGUUUGAAGGACCAAGAUACCUUAUACACAGGCGGACACUGUUCUACACAGCUACCGCCGGCCAAGUACGAGCUGUAUAAUAUCAAAAUGCCUCCACGCAAGAAACAGAAGACCGCGGCAACCCCGUCGCAAGAACCACCACAGCCCACGCCUACAGUCCGCGAGAUAGAUUACGACGCCAUAGUGGCAGACCCAUGGACAGACGAACAAGAGACAUCACUGCUAAAAGGAAUAAUACGCUGGAAGCCCGUGGGGAUGCACAAGCACUUCCGCAUGCUUGCUAUAUCGGAUUAUAUGAAGAGCCAAGGAUAUGCGACGCCGAAUGACCAGCAUACGCGAAUACCAGGAAUAUGGAAGAAGCUAGGGACUCUGUAUAAUCUAUCAGCGCUGGAUGAUAGGGAAGAGCCAAUAUCUACGGAAGAAUCUGAGGAUGCGGAACAACCCCAAGAGCUUUACUGCCCGUUUAAUUUACCCGACGAUGAGUUCGGAGACAUGAUGUGGGAUCGAAGAUUAAAUCCAGAGGGCUCUGUUUCUCCGUCCGUUAGCGGGAGGGCCACUUCUAGACGACCUAGCACCAUUGCAGAUACAGACGAACCCCGUUCAUCCCCUGCACCAUCCCGAGGUAGCCGACGAGGAGGUCGGGCGAAGCGUCAACCUAGGGGAGGCACACGCUCUUCACGGCUCCAGGUCGAGGUAGAGUCUAACAGAGAUGCUGCCAGCGAGAAAGGUAGUGCCAAUGAGGAGGACGGGGAGGAGGAGGACACUGAGGCAGGCAGGGACGGUAGUGAGGAUGAAGGUGAUGGAGACUCGAAGGUAGCGGAAUCUCCUGCCCCAAGAGCUACGAGGAUGCAGUCUACGCGCGGAAAGCCGAAGAAAGGGAGACCCGCGUCAAAACGAGGAGGUAGACGGCGAUGA